UGUCUUAAAGGCCCCAUCACCUUUUAUCUUUUCCUGGCCCAAACCAAAAACACUCAAAUUUUUCAAGUGUCAAAGGGCAGAGAUGGGGCUAUCUUAGGGGAAAAAAGGCUGAAAAAUACUUGAAUAAGUGCCAUCUUUCUGAAGCAAGAAGCAUGGAUGCCAAGAGCAGCAAUUUACGUGUGCUUUUAAAAGUGAAAUAGCUGCUAUCGUUUAAAAAAUUGUUCAGUAUAAUAAAGACAGGUUGGCAGCUAUUGGUCUUACUGUAGAUAUUCAAGUUAGCAGCCUGGUACCAAGCCAAACAUUCUAAUUUUUAGCUGUUUUUACCUAGGGUAUUGGUGAGUUAAAAAGGCACAAGACAAUUUUCCUUUAACCAUAUAUACUUUGCAACACCAGGGAAAAUCUUACCUUCAGUUUUGGGCUUUUUUUUUGCUACCAGAACUGUUGAGAGUAUUCCUGCAUGAUGGUCACGGAACCGUUGUUCUUCCAUCUGAGAAAAGCCAAAGGCUAUGUGAAUUUCAGUUGUGCCAGCCAAGUGAACUCAUCCAGUAAAGGCAUGAAAAAUACAUACUUAGGACUGAAAGGUGAUAUAUUUGCAAUUUUACAGAACUGCCCAAUUGUUCUCUGUAUGAUCACUUGUCUGCCCUCCACAGAGUGAGAAUACAAGGCAGAUUUGUGUUGAAAAGUCCUAGUGCUAAAAACUCCAAAUAGGAAAAAGGUGGUAAGAGACAGUAUUAAUCAAUAGGAGGUAACCAGCCUCAUUUAUCAUUCGAAAAACCCUACCACAUCUCCUUUUUAGGACAUCCUCAUAUCAAGGUACUGGCUACCUACAAAGCAAGCGGGUGCUAAAUAAAAUGUGAUAAACACUAAUGAAUAUGAAAAUAUUCUGCUUCAUCUGUGGUGGCAACUUUUCUUGACCCUUUUGCUACCCUAACUUUUUGAAACUUUUCAACUAUUUUGUGAACCAAAUGCUAUUAUAGGAAUUGAAUCUGUAAUCCCAGUAAACCAACAGCACUCACUGUCACUGGAGGAGGAGUCUUCCUCAGCAGCAUCAUUCUUGGCACUCUGUCCCUCCACAAAAAUGUGGAAAGUGCCUAUGCUAUUAGGCCUGGUCAUAGUUCCUGUUGGCUUGAUAUUUCUAGUUACUGGAACAGUGGCUAAGCCAUCGUUAAAUAGGGUGUUAGAUAUAAGGCUCUUGUGAGAGCAGGCACAGGAGAUCCUACAUCUAAACACAGUUCUUGUGCCUGAGGACUUGGGAAUGUAAAAAGAGGUCAGUGUGCACCACUCCCAAGGAGCCCUCAGCUCCCAAAUACCAUCGGUCGCUACAGAUCAGCCUUCGAGUCCCACCGCGGCGGUCUGGGGGCUCUGCGGGGCCGGUGGGGGCGGCGUGUGCCCGCCUUCCCCUGCGCGCAGGUGCGGGAGGGGACAAGGCGCGGCCCGGGCUUGCCCUGAGGUGUGCGGGGGGCGCGGCCUGGGCGGCCCCUCAGGUGCGGGGGGCGUGCCCUUCACCUGCCCUCGGGUGGGAGGGCGCGGCCCGGCCCUGCCCUCAGGUGUGUGCGGCCCGAGGCGGCGGUGGCGCCGCUCCCGAUGGCGGCCCCGGGCGGGCUGGGCCGCUGCGUGGCCGCCUUCUGGCUGGCGCUGGCCUUCGACGCGCUGGGGCUGGCGGUGCUGCUGGCCGGCGUGUUCGCCGACGUGUUCUUCUCCGACCUGCUCAUCUACGCGGGCGGCAUCGGCAUCUUCCUCAGCCUCGUCUGGUGGGUGUUCUGGUACGCGGGUAACCUGGAGGUGCCGCCCGAGGAGCUGCGGGACGACGUGGGGCUGUCGGCGCCCAAGGGCCGCGAGGACACGCUGCUUCGGCGGCUGGUGCACGGCCUCAGCCUCCGCCUCACCGCCGCGCUCGCCCCCGCCCGCCCCGCGGACCUGGAGCUGCAGCGCGCCGGGGGCCCCCGCGGCCGCCACGCCGACCCCGGCAGGUGAGAGCCGCGACGGGCCCCGGGACGGACAGCGAGGCGAAUCCGGCUGAUCUGUUGAAGACACAACUACUGACGUUACUGCCCCAAAAAGUGGGGGGAAGUGCUGCAAAUGAUGAAAAGAGAUUCCCUACUCAAAGCAAUAGGAUUCUCUUAUUGUGGAAUAAUCUCUGCAAGCAUUGUGGACUCUCCAUAAAAUGGACAUGUGGAGCUGUAUCUCUGCCAAACACACCUACUUCAGUGUUGGACUGGAUAUACUUCGAAAUGGCAAAGAAAGAUCCCACAAAAUCUCUUUAAGAAGUGAGAACUAAAAAAGAAUUUAACCUGCUUUGCUGAAAAAUCACUGCAGCUUGUCAUAUAGUUGGUUUUGUUUUGUUUUAAUUAUUAUUAUUUUUAAUAACCUGGAAGGUUUGGAUAAAAAGCUCUUGCACAAUGAAAAGCUCUUGCACUGUUUUUUACCAAGGUCUGGAAGUUAAACUUACUGUGAAUUUUUAUAAUGCCAGUGCAAUACUUUUGUUUGUAAGGGUGCUUUUAAGAUGUCUGUAUUAAAGUAUUGACGCAAAGCUGCAAAUGUAGUAGAAGUUAUUUAUAGUGUAAAUACACAAUUUACGGUGUCUCUUGUAAA